GAUUGAAAAAAUGACCAUAGCUUUGAAGAAAUGCGGAGAAGAAAUCCACGCCUGCAAUACAGGACAUACUCCUCAUGAUGAUCUUUGUGAAAAAGCUACGGAGACCUGCGACGACGCCACUCUCGAUCCCAUGGACGAACGUAAGAUAAGCAU